GUAGCCCACACUGAAAGGAAAACGCAGAAAGGUGUUGCUUCAUCACUCUGGCCGAAACACAUCUUUGCGUCCCUCGUCCCCCCGUCCGUACCGCUCUGUGUUGAUAUGUGUAACUGCGUGAGCGCACGUGCGUGCUAGCGCGCGCAUAUGUUGUGUGUUUGUGUUUGUGUGAAUGUGUGUGCCUAUGUGCGUGAGUAAGGGCGUGCGUGCGCGCCUACUUUUAUGUCCACAUCCAUAUAUUUGACCCGUGCGUGCGUUUGGUUACGCUAGUGUUGUAGUGUUGUGUAGUGUCUGGUGUUUUGUUGUUCUGUUGCGUGCGCGCGACACUAGUAUGGGUGACCUGUGCACUGACUCACCCGUCUGUUGCAAGUUGUGAUUCACUUUUGGGGCAGGCCCCGUUCGUCGCGCACUACUCAUCGAUACGCCUCUCUCCCUAUCCAUCAACUGUGGAUGGCCUAGGACUGGACCGGACAUGUGCGAAGAUGUCUUAAAGGACGUAGCCGACGAGUCAACCAACCAAUCAUUGCCUCCGAGGCGUCCUUCCGUCAACCAUUCCCUGGCAACUCUUGCUGCUAGUCUACGGCGACAGGCAACCGGUUGGCUAGGAAGCGCCGAUUAAACUUCCCCUCGAUAAACCCGCCACGCAAUCCGCAGCGUAAUCCGAACCUCUUCCCGUUGCACCGCGAACGCACAGACUUGGACUUGGUGCGCCGCUCCUACUACGGCCCUGGUAGGCAUGGUGCGUUGACGAAGAAGAAUUGGCUGCACUUCAGCAAGAAUUGCUUUCAUAAAAGGAUUGCCAAGAGGAAGAGAAACGUGCGACAACCGAAAGGAGAAACUAAAACUAAGGAGCGCUAAAGAGGAAUAAUAGAAAGGAGUCUAGUGCAGCGGUGUACUAGUGAAGACAGAUAUGCUGCUCAAGAGGCGUUGCGCAUCCGGAGAGAACACUAAUGCGCGGAUCUUAGCAGCAAGCAAGGCUGCACAGUAGGCGCUGGAUUUGCCAUAGGGAAAAAAUCCAAACCAUUGCACUAUAAGCAAUUGUGCUGCAAGCGUUCCAAUUAACAUAUUCUGUGGUCGUUCCUCGAAUCUGCUAGCAGUGCACUACCGACGGGCGCGCUGGCGCUGCUCCGUUCACUCUAAUAGGAAAAAUAGGAUGCCCACAGCACUGAUAGCGUCCAGGCAGAAGUAUACUGAACGGUGGAUUAGACGUGUGAUAACGGCGUUAUCGAAACUAUUACCUGCCGGAAAACGGCAUCCAUGGUCCCGGUGCCAAUAUCAUCUAGCAACCUCCAACGUAAAAGGCGACAAGAUGCAGCGCAAGAUGCAGUACAAUAUAGUUGUGCCACAAGUGCUGGGCAGAGAAGCGGUCGAGAGUCGCCGAGUGGAGAGAAGGAGAUGCUCCGGUGUAUAAAACUACUUGAUGACGCUACGAGCCCCCACGAGCGUUUCGGAGAUAGAGCCAUUUCAAAUUUUGUGUCGAUUGCCAUUCUCCCUUCUCCCUGGUAUACAACAGAAGGCAGAGAAAAGAGCGAACAGUAAACCACCUCAUGAUGCAACAUGCUAGACGGAACUGUCGUCAGAACUGAUCAUUAAAUAGACUAGGCUAACGGCGCAAGGUAGGCACGCACGCACACACGACUGAAGAGCAUUUUAUAAGGAGGGCAUAGCGAAGUAAUUCGUUCGCUGUGGACGUCGGGAUAGCAAAAUCCCCAAAAUGGUUCAAAGCCGCGGGGCGAAGAACGGUCCGGUGACUCCGAGGAAGGAUGAUCCGAUUAUGCUCAGUGGUGUCGGAUUGUCCGCAUCGCAGUACCGUCCAGUUCCCCAGCAACCGCAGCAGCACGGGGCUGCGUGUUACGUCGGGCGCGAUGCACAAGCGCCGAUCUCAUUAGGGCAAACCAUCAAUAACGCCAUCGCCCCCCAGGAUUCCACGAUCACUCCCGCUGCUACCGCCAGCCCCACUACAACGAUGCCGCCCCGGAAGUCUCCGUUCGUGUACAAUUACUGGAAGGACUCACACCAGCUCACUGAUUUAUGUGUCUUCAUGCCAAACGGGAUGCUGAUCGAGUUGCGCGAGCAAUCGGUCUACACCACACUAAAGGAUCUGAAGACGUACGUGUGGGAGCUGGCGGAACGAUACCCCCUCUAUUCGCAUCUGGGCGAUAAGGACACCUACUGCUUCAGCACAGUGUCGGCGGGAGGCAGCUCUGGGCAGGUGCAACAAAAUGAUGAGUCAAAACAGCUGGUGGAUCUGCAGCCCCUAUUUGGUAUUUUCGGCUUCACGAAGAAGAAGAAUGUUUCGGUGAACAGCCAGUUGAUGAGCAGCAUUAACACGCUGCUCGGCACGACGCUGUCCGAAAAAACGCUCAACAACCCGGAGGUGAACGAUUUCCGCUCCAAGAUGGGACGGGUAGAGGAAAAAAUUGCUUCGGAACGGGCUGCCAUGACCCGCAAGGAGCGUAUUGUCUAUCAAUACCCAGUGAAGCUGGCCCCCUCGGUGCCGGAGCCGAUCGCGCAACUGGAGACGUUUUGCGUGGUCGCCAUUAGCGCCGAUAUCAAGGUAACGGUGAAGGUGAAGAGUACGGCGUCGCCGGACGAGGUACUGAAGCGCAUCUUCGAGAAGAAGCAAUUCUCGUUGGUAAAGUCGCGUAACGAGAACAGUUCCGACUACAUGCUGAAGGUGUGUGGCCGGGAGGAGUACAUCUACGGUACGCACCAGAUCAAUCGAUUUCAGUACGUGCAAGACUGCCUGAUGCGCGACGAACCACCCGCCUUUUUGCCGCGGCCGAUCCGGUCGAUCGAAGUGUUCAAGAACAACAUCUACGAGGCUCGCGAUGAUUUCUUUCUAUGGCCGUCACCUGCCCCUAGCUCUUCCGGUUACGGUAGCCCGCUGCCAGCGCCCAGUGGCAGUAGCGGCAACAGUACUGCGAUCAACGUUACAAAGUCACAUGGCCAGCAUCAGACGCCAUCGUCCUCGUCGUCGUCACAUACGCUGCGGAAGGUCAAGUCCAUCAACAGUUGGGAAAUCGGGGCGAAGCUGGAGUGCCUAAUACAGGAGAUCCGCGAACUGAACUGUGACUCGAACAGAAACACUGAGGUCGGGGUGCAGCUCGGCCUAUUCCACGGUGGAAAGUCGCUCUGCAAGACAGAACGGACCCGGCUGGUGCCGCUGAGCGCAGAUGGGCGAGCCGUCUGGAAUCAGCUGAUCCAGUUCGACAUCCAAAUUAGCAACGUGCCACGGAUGGCGCGGCUUUGUCUGGUCAUCUACGAGAAUUUGCGCACGGCCAAGGGGGUAGGGGUGCGGGCGCGCCGCACCAAGGAUGGUAUGAUCAACCCAAUCGCCUGGGUCAAUACGAUGGUGUACGAUUACAAGAGCCAGCUGAAGACGGAUCCGGCGACGCUGUACACGUGGACGUACGCCGAGGAUGCACAGUCGGAUGACAUCCUGCACCCGCUCGGCACGGUCGAGCCGAACCCCCGGCGCGACGAGUGCUCCUCGCUGUUGCUCACCUUCGGCAACUACACGCAGGACAACCGGAUAAUUGUGUACCCGAACGAAGAGGAACUGUUGGCACAGGCAUCGCGCAAGUGCACCCGGAACGAGCACCUGAACCGGGAGAGUGCCGAAGAUCCCCGCUCAAUCGUAGCAAUCAUGUCGGUUUACAUGUACAAUGACCGGCUGAACGACAUACACGAGCAGGACCGGAACGCGAUCUGGGCCAAGCGGCGUGAAUGCAUGCAGCAGAUGCCCGACGGUCUGCCCUGUCUGCUGUACUGCGUCGAGUGGAAUAACCGAGACGAGGUUGCCGAGAUCGUGUCGCUGCUUCAGGAGUGGCCGAAGCUGCCCGUCGAGCGGGCACUCGAGCUGCUCGACUAUGCGUACGCGGACAACAAUGUGCGUCGGUACGCCGUGCACUGUCUGAGUGACAUCCAAGACGACGAGCUGCUGCUCUACUUGUUGCAGCUCGUGCAGGCGCUCAAGCACGAGUCGUACUUGAACAGUGACCUGGUGUCGUUCUUGCUCCAUCGCGCCUUACACAAUCAGCACAUCGGUCACUACAUCUUCUGGCACCUGCGCUCCGAGCUGGCGGUACCGGCCGUCCAGGUGCGGUUCCGCCUGAUCAUGGAAGCGUAUCUGAAGAGCAGCUCCGAGCACGUGCCAGUGCUGCUGCGGCAGAUGCAGUGUUUGCGGCAACUGCAAGUUUGCUCCGACACGGUGAAGCACGGCGGUAAAGAGAAGGUGCGGGCGCUUCUGCAGGAGAAGUUGGCUGAGCGGAGCGUGAUGGAGGCUAUGAACGAUGUAAUUAGUCCACUGGAUCCGCGGUACCGGUGCAAGUCGGUACGCAUCGAGCGGUGCAAGGUGAUGGAUUCAAAGAUGCGCCCGCUCUGGAUUGUGUAUGAUAACAGCGACCGCAGCGGGGAGGACAUCAACAUGAUCUUCAAGAACGGUGACGAUCUACGGCAGGACAUGCUGACGCUGCAGAUGCUGCGCAUAAUGGACAGAAUCUGGAAGUACGACGGCAUGGACCUGCGCUUGAACCCGUACAGUUGCAUCAGUACCGAUCGGCGCCUCGGAUUGAUCGAGGUCGUGUUGAACGCGGAAACGAUCGCGAACAUCCAGAAGGAGCGUGGCAUGUUCUCCGCGACGUCACCCUUCAAGAAAGGUUCGCUGCUAGCCUGGCUCAAGGAGCACAACAACACCGAAGAGCUACUUGCGAAGGCGAUCCAGGAGUUCACGCUCAGCUGUGCUGGUUACUGUGUCGCGACGUACGUGCUCGGUGUCGCCGACCGCCACUCUGACAACAUCAUGGUUAAGCGCACGGGCCAGCUGUUCCACAUUGACUUCGGCCACAUCCUUGGUCACUUCAAGGAGAAGUUCGGCUUUCGACGGGAACGGGUCCCAUUCGUACUGACACACGACUUUGUCUACGUCAUCAACAACGGUCGAACUGACCGCGAGGCCCAGGAGUUUCGCUACUUCCAGCAGAUGUGCGAAGACGCUUUUUUGAGCCUCCGUCGCCACGGUUGCCUUAUAUUGUCGCUCUUCUGGAUGAUGAUCUCGACUGGACUGCCGGAACUUUCGUCGGAGAAGGAUCUCAACUAUUUGCGCGAAACGCUGGUGCUAGACAAAACGGAGGAUGAAGCACGCAGUCACUUCCGGCAGAAGUUCAGCGAAGCGCUGGCUAACUCGUGGAAAACGUCACUCAACUGGGCGUCCCACAACUUCUCGAAGAAUAAUCGUCAGUGACAACUGUUGCUUGCAUGAUCAUUAGUAACCAUCAUCAUACCCACUCAUUCGCAACCCAACCAGCCAGAUGCAGCCACAAACGGAGCCACUGUAACAAUGCCGACGCAUAAUUGCAUACUGCAACAACCAGCUCCCUGCGGUGCAAAUAAGUUGGGUAGCAAAACGAGUAGCAGUAAUAGUAGUAGUAGAAGAAGUAGAAGAAGUAGAAGUAGGAGUAGUUGUAAUAGUGGAAGGAAUGAGUGCCUGCAUGCCAGGAACUUUAUCUUGUACAGUAACUAAUCUUAUUGAGAUAGACGUUGCUCAUUAAUUUAUCACCUUAAAUGUUAUAAAAAAUCUGUGUAUGUAUGUGUGUGUGAGAGAGAGAGAGAGAGAGAGAGCGAGAAAGAAAGAAAGAGAGAGAGAGAGAGAGAGAGAAAGAGAGCGACGAAAAGCGAAUACGCUAGGUAGGACUCCUCGGUGCUAACUAAUCAUCGUCGUAUUGAUAAACUGUAGUCUGUGUAGUUUGUAGCUAUUGGAACCUACGUGCAAUGACUCGCAUUAGUAAAAGUAAACUUACAGUUUUUUUA